CCCAACGUCGCUCAGGGGGUGAUGCGCUAACGUGCCCGUGCGUGUCGCUACCGCCCCUUUGUUGGCUCAGCGACGGGAGCUGCACGGUGUCUCCAGGAGACCGGAACCGGGGGAGGGGGGGGGUUGUCCGUUAACUGGAGAGUGAGAGCACCCGGACGGCUCAGCCUGCACGCGGAGGAGGAGGAGCUGGCCCUGCGCCCCGGGAGCGCGCACUGACCGGAACGGGGGCGCGCAUUUUGGAAGGGGCGGUGAUUGAGGGGCCUGAGGCCUGUCUGCCCCGGACACACCGGAGACCCCGUGUGUGUCUAUAUAGAGGUCCGGUGAGCAAGGCCCCCCAUACACACCUUGUAUAGGAACGGAGCUACAAGCGCCCCUUGUAUUGGAUAAGGGCUCAGUACACGCUAUAAUAAGAGCAGUGCUCCAUAUUCACCCUGUAUCUGCACUUCUACACGGCAGAUCCUUAUGUUUAAAGUAGUGCCUCAUUUCUACCUUGCCUAGGGAGAGCUAGUGACUUCAUUUCAUUACACUACAUUAGGUAUAUAGACUAGGAGCCCAUAGAGAAAUACACAUUCAUAAGACUGAUUUAUAGAAAUAGCUGCACUUUGGGGAACCCUAAAGAGAAAGCUGUGUGUGCCUGAGUACAGUGCUGGUGAUAACAUUGGUGACAUUGUGAAGUAUAUGAUAAAACUGUCCAUCGACCUUACAUAAGGGUAUUUAUAUAAAUGCCAUGCUAUAUAGUUAAUGUGGAAACUAUAUAUUUAUAUGCUUCCAAUUGGAAAGAUUGAAAAUUCUAAUUAUUAGACAAAUAAUUUGAAUUGUGCAUAAGGGUAGAUCUAAAAGUUUUCUGACAAUAGAUAUGUGAUUGUCUCAUACACAUAAGGAGUUGAAAAGCAAAGUUCACUGACACAUUCACAGGGUCAAAAACAUUUUUAUGUAACAUAUCUAUCAAAACAAAUAUAUAAGGACAGUCUCGCAUAUUUCCUCUACCCCACAGACAUAAUUGUGAGGGGAUUUUUAGCCUUACUGACUCUUUAUAAACAUUAUGUAGAUGUAGCUCCAGUCAUAUACACUGGUUCUGGACUCCUGUUUAUCUAGAGGACUCAAGACACACUUAUUCAGGGUGGGAGAAAGUUGUGACGGUCUCUUUUGGAUCAAGUCUUGGAUUACAUCUGUAUUGUGUAAAUUUACACACUUCACUUCUAUUUGUUGUCUCCUCUGAAAAGACUAUAAGGCGCUGAAGCCCUUAUAGUUAAUACCCAAAAUCAGUUUGUGGUUGUGUUUUCUUGUCCCUACAACUGGGAUCAUGGACUCUGACGAAGGUUACAACUAUGAAUUUGAUGAAGAUGAGGAGUGCAGCGAAGACAGUGCAGCUGAUGAGCAUGAAGAUGAUCUGGGAGAAGUGGAGCUAGUUGAAGCUGGACUUGGCGUAUCUGAAAGAGCUGGGAUAUGUGGAGAGGGAGGUGGAGGUGUCCUGGGGCCUGGUCCUGGUGGGGAGGAAGAUGAUGAUUACCGAUAUGAGGUCCUUACUGCUGAGCAGAUUCUACAGCACAUGGUAGAGUGCAUUCGUGAAGUAAACGAAGUCAUCCAGAAUCCAGCUACUAUCACUAGAAUACUUCUGAGUCAUUUCAACUGGGACAAGGAAAAGCUAAUGGAAAGGUAUUUUGAUGGCAACCUGGAGAAACUCUUCUCAGAAUGUCACGUCAUUAAUCCUAGUAAGAAGUCUCGGACACGGCAGAUGAACACACGUUCCUCUGCUCAGGAUAUGCCCUGUCAGAUCUGCUACUUGAAUUACCCAAAUUCGUAUUUUACAGGCCUUGAGUGCGGUCACAAGUUCUGCAUGCAGUGCUGGAGUGAAUAUUUGACCACCAAAAUCAUAGAGGAAGGAAUGGGACAGACCAUUUCCUGCCCAGCUCAUGGCUGUGACAUUUUAGUUGAUGACAAUACAGUAAUGCGACUGAUCACAGAUUCGAAAGUGAAGUUAAAGUAUCAACAUUUAAUAACCAAUAGCUUUGUAGAGUGUAAUAGACUUCUGAAAUGGUGCCCUGCUCCAGACUGCCAUCAUGUUGUAAAAGUUCAGUACCCAGACGCCAAACCUGUGCGUUGCAAAUGUGGUCGUCAGUUCUGCUUCAAUUGUGGAGAGAAUUGGCACGAUCCAGUUAAAUGUAAGUGGUUAAAAAAAUGGAUUAAAAAGUGUGACGACGACAGUGAGACAUCAAAUUGGAUUGCAGCUAAUACAAAGGAAUGUCCCAAAUGUCACGUGACAAUAGAGAAGGAUGGGGGGUGCAAUCACAUGGUAUGCCGGAACCAAAACUGCAAGGCUGAAUUCUGCUGGGUGUGCCUGGGUCCUUGGGAACCACAUGGCUCUGCUUGGUAUAACUGUAAUCGCUAUAAUGAGGAUGAUGCAAAAGCUGCUCGAGAUGCACAAGAGACGCAGCGAUCCAGAGCAGCCUUACAGAGAUACCUGUUCUACUGCAACCGUUACAUGAACCACAUGCAGAGCUUGCGAUUUGAGCACAAGCUGUAUGCCCAAGUCAAGCAAAAGAUGGAGGAGAUGCAGCAACAUAACAUGUCAUGGAUUGAAGUGCAGUUUUUGAAGAAGGCAGUGGAUGUGUUGUGCCAGUGCCGUUCCACCCUUAUGUACACUUAUGUUUUUGCGUUCUACCUCAAGAAGAACAACCAGUCAAUUAUAUUUGAGAAUAAUCAGGCAGAUUUAGAGAAUGCAACAGAAGUUCUGUCUGGAUAUCUGGAAAGAGAUAUUUCCCAGGAUUCACUACAAGACAUUAAGCAAAAAGUACAAGACAAGUAUAGAUACUGCGAGAGCAGGAGGCGGGUUCUGCUACUUCAUGUGCACGAAGGCUAUGAGAAGGACUUGUGGGAAUAUAUUGAGGACUGAGCCGUCCCCACAAAUCAACCUCUGUUGCCACCUGACAUUAGAUUUCAACUCUCAUUAAAUGCAACUCUGCCCCUGAGGCUGGUCCCUGCACAUUC